AUAUCAGAAGAGAUCCCUGUUAAACGCCACUUUUUCUAUAAAUAAAUCCACCAUGAGUUUCCAUUGUUCGGUUAUUUAUUUGUUCGUGUUCGUUCUUGUAACUUUUACAUCGGGCUGGCCAUUCCAGCGCCGCGACGUCCUGGAUAAUUCAGUGGACAGUCCCGAGGGAGUGAUCGCUCAUUUACACCACUUCGGUGAACUUCUUUACCAGUUCCCAGAUAACGCAACAGGAGCUGCUGUGGCGAACUGGCAUGAGGGUUGGGACCGUAAUCCGGAAGAGUUGGGUAGCUACGCGGAGGGUGACAUUCUGUUUCCACCCCAGCUGGGGAAAAAUGGUUUAAAAGCGGAAUCCUCUCGUUGGCCAGGUGGUGUUGUUCCUUACAUGAUCAGUCCGUACUUUAAUGAGAAACAGCGAAAAUUGAUUCAAGACGCUAUGAACGAUUACCACAAGUACACAUGCAUAAAGUUUAAACCUUAUAAUGGUGAGGAGACCGAUUAUAUCAGGAUCACAGCUGGCGAGACUGGUUGUUGGAGCAGCGUAGGAAGAAUCGGUGGACGACAAGACGUGAAUUUACAAGUUCCAGGUUGUGUCGUGAAAAAGGGCACGGUAAUACACGAGCUAAUGCACGCAAUAGGAUUCUUGCAUGAACAAAGCAGAUACGAGCGGGACGAAUUUAUUUGGAUUCAAUGGAAUAAUAUUUUGAAUGGUCAUGCUGGAAAUUUUGAAAAAGCGUCCAGACAGACCACUGACGCGUUCGGUGUCGGAUACGAUUACGGAAGCGUAAUGCAUUACUCCGCAAAUGCGUUUUCCAAGAACGGUCAACCUACCAUAAUCCCAAAGAGUACAUCGCAGAUCCAGCUGGGGCAGAGAGAAGGGUUCAGUAAAAGAGACAUUCAGAAAAUACGGAAGAUGUAUAGAUGCAGUAAACGUAGGCGAAGCAGUUCUUAUUAA